CCUCUCAUCCCUCCAUCCAUCAUUCCUUUCAUCCCUCCAUCCCUCUCUCCUCCAUUUGUCCCUCCAUCCCUCCCCAUUCGUCUUCCUCUGAUGCUACUGCCAGUAACUCAUCCUCCAGCGGCCACUCUGAUUGGCUGGAGGGCUCUGCGAUGACCUCUGACCUCCUGAGCUGUCCCAUCAUGACGGGUGUUCAGAGUACUAUCGAGAUCUGUAAAGGACACACUGGUCUGGGCCUCAGCAUUGUGGGGGGCUGUGACACACUGCUGGGGGCGAUAAUAAUCCAUGAGGUGAAUGACGGAGGUGCAGCUCAGAGAGACGGAAGGCUGUGGGCUGGGGACCAGAUACUGGAGGUGAACGGUAUAGACCUGCGUCAGGCCACCCAUGAGGAAGCUAUCGGGGUGUUGAGGUUGACUCCACAGAAGCUACGUCUCACUGUGUUCAGGCACCAGCAGGGAUACAGGGAGGAGGACUUAUGGGACGUCUUCCACCUGGACCUGAAACGGCCUCCUGGACAGGCCCUGGGAAUCAGCACUGUGGGGAAGAGCAACGACACAGGUGUGUUUGUGUCGGAGAUUAUGCGAGGGGGUGUCGUGGACGAAGACGGGCGGCUGUUUCUAGGAGACCAGAUCCUGUCAAUCAACGGAGAGGAUGUCAGAGCUGCCUCACAGGAACACGUCACCAUGCUGCUUGAGACUAGUGAAACAGUAAGCCUGGAGGUGGCUCGAUUUAAAGCCAGCGCACACUACUCCUUCGAAAGUCAGAGUGGGGACUCCGUGAGCAGCGGCAGCUCCACUCUGACCGGGACCACUGUGUGUGACGUCGGGGGCCACCAGCAGGGGGAGACAUUGAGCCGACAGCUGGGGGGGAGUUACUCAUUUGAAGACUAUCGUGAAAUAAGGACAGUGGUUGUGUACCAGGGUCCUGGGGAAUCCCUGGGUCUGGGUGUAGCCGGAGGAGCGGGUUCUCCUCACGGAGACCUUCCUCUGUUCAUCGCUUCUAUCGACCCGACUGGACUGGCUGCCCGGACCCACCUCCUCAAUGUUGGGGAGCGUGUCAUCAGUAUUAAUGAUGUGUCCACUGAGGGGAUGAGUUGCCUCCAGGCUGGAGAUCUGCUGAACAACACCAGGGGACCAGUGACCCUGCAGGUGCAGUCUCCGGAAUCCUCGGCCGAGGGCGGCGGGCAGGAGGAGCCGGGCGAGGAGCCGGGCCACAGCGGCGUGGGAGUUUCCUCCACAGGAGGAGCUGUCCUCCACAACAACAGGAGUCCCCAGGUCUAUAAGACCAUUACGCUGGAGAGGGGGGGCCUCGGCCUGGGCUUCAGUAUUGUCGGAGGGUUCGGCAGUCCCCACGGAGACCUGCCCAUCUACGUCAAAACCAUCUUUGGCAAGGGAGCCGCGAUAGAGGAUGGCAGACUGAAACGUGGGGAUCAGAUCCUAGCCGUGAACGGUCACUCUCUGGAGGGGGUGACCCACGCGGACGCCGUCGCCGUGCUGAAGAGGACCAGGGGAACUGUAGUCCUCUCCGUUCUCUCGUGAAUGUAGUCCACAACCACAUCACCCCUUGAUGAUGACAUUCACAGAUGAUAUCAGAGUGGCAUUCAUUAAAGAAAACGGAGAGAAAUGGGGAAGGACUACCUGAGCGUUUUUCGAAAAAAAAAAACGCUGAUUGUUUUCUGUUUACAAAUGGAUACAAACCUGUUAAUAUCUAGACUGAGGGGUAAGAUUGUCAUAGGUCUUAUGUCAUCCGGGGUGCAACUGGUCCUCAUUUUUUACAUU